AUGGCGGACGGUGAAGCAGGCAGUAGAAAAUUAUUGAAUGCGGAGGAGUUCCAACAAGGCCUUGCAAAACUUGAUACGGAGAUGGGAAAAGAUCCCAUUCUCUCGGCUUUUGCUCCCAUCAAAAUUAUCACAGCCGGUGGCUUCGUUGCGGUGUCUUACCUGAAAAGCCGCAAGAGCACCGAUGACAUCGACUAUCUGCUUGAUCCUGAAUGGGCCCAGGACGAGGAUAUAAAGCGACCACUGCGCGGCGCCAUGGAGAAAGUCGCGCACCUACUCCAUCUCAACAAGAAUUGGAUCAAUGAAGACAUGGCCCUUUUCGUCACGCGAAACUCAAGAGAGUAUCUCUUCCGCAAAGCUGAAGAGCAGAAUAUUAUUCUCUGGGAAGGCACAAAUCUAUGCGUCAUGGCCGCCCCGAUGGAGUGGGCUCUCGAGAGGAAAUUGAGGAGAAUUCAUCAUGCCGACCGUGGCCGGAAGACCAGUCAUGAUAUGCAGGACGCCAUUGCCAUGCUGAAGCAUUUGAGGGAUAAAAAUGGUGGGCCGUUGGACCGGACUUACAUUGCUGGAAUGAAUGUGAAUACGUUUGAUGUGCUUCCGGAUGCCACAACAAUGGAUCGGGUGGAAGCUGAAUACCAACGUACUUUUAACGAGAAAAUAUUUCGAUGA